UGGGCAGUCGCGCGCACUCCCGCCGGGCACGCCGCGCCACGCCGCCGCUAUAAACAAAUCAUACCCUACUGACAGAAACACAUUUAUUGUUCAAUGAAAACUAGUUGAAGCCUACUCGCUGGUGCCGCCGAUCGCUACGAUUGAUUGCGAGGCGCAGUGAAUUAUAAAUCUAGACGACCGGCCGCAAUGAAUUUAGACAAUAAUAAAGCUAGGUUAAAAGCUAUGCUAUUUGGAUGUUUGCAGUGAAAGGAGCCGUUGUAAGUGGCGAGUCGGUGUGUAACUGUGCUGCGGUCAUUUUGUAUUAGAUGAAUAAGUGGAGCGUCCCACUGUACAGCAUGUACUUGAGGCGCGAGUGCCGGUACUCCGACCAGCGCGUGCUGACUGCGUGCUAGUCGCACCCGCCGGGUCCGCUCCCGCCUCAUCACUGCUCCUGAUCGCUCCUCUGUGCUCUCUUUGUACUCAAAAAUGCCAGCGCUCCGGUUGCUGGGGCGAAAAUGGCUGGCAGCCUCAGACGAUCUCGUGUUUCCAAGCAUAUUCGAACUAUUAUUCAGAUUUGUCUGGCUAGUACUAAUAGCUCUAGUAGCGGAGGUCUUAUAUCCAGUCACAUGGCAGUGUCAGUCGGAAGGUUGGCAGGGCGGGGCGUUCGUGAGGUUGUAUCUCUGCGGGACCCUCGCGCUGCAGGCCGCACUCAUGCUGCUGUUGGCGGCCCUGGCUCUGCAGUCCGCACGAGGCACCAUCACAGACAUCGAUGCUAGGAAGAUGGUAUCACCACUGCUUCUUAUAAAAGUGCUGUUAGUAUUCCCAGAAACCGCCCUGAACGUCAUGGGUACCAUGUGGAUGUUCUGCGAAGUUAUACAAUGCUCCGUCGAAGACAAGUUCUCCAGCAUAGUCAUACAAAGUAUAGUCCUAUUCAACUGGGUGCAGCUAGGCCUGACGGUGUUCGGCCUUUUCAUGGUGUUCGAUCCCCUGGGCUCGGUGAACUAUGGCGACAUGCAAGACACGCCCAACCAGGUUCGACACCAUAGGAAGGUGACGGGAUUAUGGUCGAGAAGGUUCCGAUGGGCCUUCUGCUGGCUCAAGAGGGAUGAACAUGGAAAGGAAGCUUUUCAGCAAGUCGCAGCUCUACUCAGUGCCCUAUUCAGAUCAACGGACCUAGUACCAUCAGACGUGGUGGCCGGGUGCGUACUCCUCAGGGUGCGACAGAAGAGAGAAACGAGAGAAAUGAGGAGGAUCCAAAUGCUGAAUGAUGAAGAACCGAUAUAUACUACAGAUGUGAACAAGAUAUUCUCUGAAACCCCACCUUGGAUGAACUUGGAGGAUGCCUUACAUUACUUGAGGCUGUCGAUAGCAGCGUAUGGAUGGCCGUAUGUGCUGUAUCGGCACUGCUUCACUGGUUUUUGUAAACUGGCGAGGCAUUUGACUUGCUGUUGCUGUCGACCAAAGAACUCAAUAGUGACGGACGACAACUGCUGCCUGUGCAACUUCGCGGGAGUCAAGUAUAUGUCGAACCUGGCUGCUGAUGAUAUCAUCUUCGCUUCUUUCAACAAUCGCGUCUUUGAACUACCAUUCUGCGUGAUAGCGGACCACGAGAGAGAAAGCAUAGUGGUUGCCGUGAGGGGUUCCAUCUCACUGAGAGAUAUCUUCACGGACUUCACUGCUGGAUCAGAGCGGUUCGAAGCUGAGGGUCUGCCAGAAGACACAGCAGCUCACAAGGGCAUGUCGAUGGGCGCCGCGAAGAUGUUGAAACGCCUCCUGCCUGUACUGGACCGUGCAUUCUCGCAAUUCCCACAUUACGACCUCGUACUCACUGGUCACAGUCUCGGUGCUGGAGUAGCAGUAUUAGUAGCUUUAAAACUAAGGCCGAGGUAUCCGCACCUCAAAGUGUUCGCAUUUUCAACACCAGCGGGUCUAAUAAGCCGGGAAGCGGCGCGGUUCACCGAAUCGUUCGUGAUGACGGUGGGCGUUGGUGACGACUUGGUGAUGAGACUCUCCGUGCACAGCAUCGAGAACCUCAGGACCAAAAUCAUACAGACCAUUCACGCCACCAAAUUGCCUAAGUACCGGAUAAUGCUGAACGGCUUCGGCUACGCGUUGUUCGGCGUCCCCGCGCGGGACCUGGAGUCGACAUGGCGGCGACCCGAACAGCUAGAAGCCCAGCAUUCAGACGACUCCGCCGACGCGCUACUGGUCCAUAGCGUGUCCACAGUGAGUGCUGAAGCAGCGUUAGUUUCGCGUGACGUGUUCGCGAGGCGGUUUUCUUCAGCGAGACUCUUCACCCCGGGGCGGAUACUGCACAUCGUGCGACGCAAGCGCAUGGGAAUCGAAAAGAAAGUGCGCACGACCGAGCCCACAUACGAGAUGAGGUGGGCGUGUCCCGAGGACUUCAUGGAGCUACAAGUAAUGCCUCGUAUGUUACUCGACCAUCUACCUGAGAACGUUCACCGCACUAUUCGCACGGUACUAGACGAGAAGCAUCGCUACAGACACACGCAUACCGUGUAGACUGGACACAACUUGUACCCAGGUACAACAACGUAGAUAGAACAUAGAACUGCAAUUGUGACAAACGGUUAACCGUGCUAGCUAUUGUGAAGAAGAUCUGACUAGGAAAAAGUGAUUAGAUUUUAAAACUGAUGAUGCAAGAUUUCAAAGUGCUACAAAAGUGAUAGACCUUUCCAGGUCUUUCAACCGUGACAAAGAUAUCAAUUUUAAACUAAGAAACAAUGGAACAAAUUAUGAUAAAUACUAAGAAUUGCUUGAAUGAUAAUAUGAUGCGUUAUAUGGUCUUGCAUUGCCUGACCAGAUAAUAGUUUUUCUUCUGACUUUGAGAGGAUAGCAGCAGCUGCAUAGAGAGCAAGGAUGCUUUUAUUUAGUAGGUAUUUUGGAACGAAACUUGCCAAUGCUAUUUGCCUUUUUAUAUGUUUACUUUUUUUUUCGAUGUCAAUUUAAUUUUGUAGGCAAGUUCGAGAUCAUUCGAAGAAGUAUAUAAUUAUGAGUUAAAGAUAUAUAAAUCAAACAUACUCGAUUAAAAUAUCAACAUAAUAAUACUGAUAUUAUCGAAGAAAAAAUAUAAGAUUACUUCAAAGAAAUUGCCAACUAUGACACUAUUUCAGAAAAUCUUUUUUUACUAUUUGUUUUUAUUUUUCUGAGCUAUAUUACAUGACAAUGUGAUUUUAUUUAAUUGUUCCUAAGCCUAACGUGACUCAGAUGCCUAUCUCUACGAAUCUUUUGUACAUAUGUACCUUAAAAUUACUCAGAAUUUCAAUUUAAUUGAUAUUGAACAAAUUGACAGAACCAGUGUCAAAAUUAACUUC